UUGUCUGCGACCUUUUGUUGCUAUAUUUAAUAAAAACACUCAUAAACAAAAGUAAACUCGACUGUUAAACAAUGGGCGCUGCUUUAGGCCUUUGUUCGGCUGCCCAGUGCGCGCUCUGCUGCACUGGCACUGCAGCCAGCAUGUGUUGCUCCGCAUGUCCCACAUGCAAGAACUCUUCCUCGUCGCGUUUUAUGUACGCCUUUAUGCUGCUCGUGGGCACAGUGCUGGGCGCCAUAGCACUCUCGCCAGGAUUACAGGAUACGCUGAAGAAACUACCUUUUUGCGUUAACUCUACUUCGACGUAUAGUGCCAAGACUAUAGGCGCUUUAUCGGGCGGAUCGCUGCAAGUGGAUUGUGAAUAUGCUUUGGGUUAUAUGGCAGUCUAUCGUCUAUGCUUUGGCUUAGCUUGUUUCUUUACCUUGAUGGCGGUGAUUAUGCUGGGCGUCAAGAGCUCUCGUGAUCCGCGUUCGCAUAUACAGAAUGAGUUUUGGCCAUUGAAGUUCUUGAUCUGCUUUGGCGCUUCCAUUGCUGCUAUCUUUAUACCAGAUGGCUCAUUUGGUCCUGCCAUGAUGUGGGUAGGACUCAUAGGUGGACUGGCCUUUAUACUUGUGCAGCUGAUUAUAAUUGUGGACUUUGCGCAUAGUGUGGCUGAAAAUUGGAUUGAAAAUGCGGAGAACAAUCGUGGCUACUACUAUGCUUUAGCUGGUGUUACUCUACUUGGUUAUAUAGCUUCGCUUACUGGCAUUACUUUGCUUUAUAUCUACUUUACUACUUCCACUGGCUGCGGCAUUAACAAGUUCUUCAUUUCCAUCAAUCUUAUACUCUGCUUGGUCAUAAGCAUAAUUUCUGUGCUGCCUGCAGUGCAGGAACGUCUGCCGCACUCUGGUUUGCUGCAAAGCUCGCUGGUGACGCUCUACACCAUCUAUUUGACCUGGUCCGCUGUGGCUAACAAUCCGGAGAAAGCCUGCAAUCCUGGCAUGUUUGGUUUGAUGGAGGAUCUGUCUAAUGUGACCACUACUAUGGCUCCACCCACACACAACUCCAAGGUUACCUUUGAUACCACCAACAUUAUUGGCCUGGUCGUCUGGCUGCUUUGCAUACUCUACAAUUGCUUCAGCUCUGCUGUGGAGGUGUCCAAGAUUAAUCAUGACAGCAGCGAGAAACGUGUUUUAACAGAAGCUAUAUCAGACACAGAGUCCGGACAAGUUGAUGGCAAGCCGGCUACUGACAAUGAAACCGAUGGAGUUACCUACAGCUGGACUGCUUUCCAUACAGUGCUCGUCUGCGCUUCCUUGUAUGUCAUGAUGACUUUGACCAACUGGUACAAACCCAACUCGGAUAUACAGCUGUUCAAUGGCAAUGAGGCUUCUAUGUGGGUUAAAAUCAUUUCCAGCUGGUUGGGCAUCUUUAUCUACGGCUGGAGUCUUAUGGCGCCCAUUGUGCUAACCAAUCGCGACUUUAGUUAAAUACAAACAUAACUAUAAACAAAAAUACGUAUUAAUACAUACAUAUAUAUUAUAAAUGUAGGCGUGGUCUCUAUGUCAGGCCGAAGCGUUUCUUUAGUAAAUAUUGGCCAUCAGUUUAAACAAAUAACUACAGUUUACUCAUAGCUUAAUCUCAACAACAAAGUUUAUAAAUAAACUACAU